GCGCGUUUCCAAGCGGCGUUAUUGUACGCCCGCGCGGCGAGAGAACACGAAUCGGCUGGUCACGUGGUUUCCGAGAGGAAAGUCUACGUCGACGCGCCCAGUUGCAGGUCGAUCCGCCGCGUUCAGUACCAGCCAGGAGCCGUGCGGAAAUGGUCCCGUCGGCAACUCGGUUUCCAAAAAAUGCUGGUUGAGAGACCGUCGAUACCUUCGUCAGUUCGGCUACGAUAUCGCUGACGACUUAAAGAACAAGCUCAGUAGUAUGCUGGACGUGGGCAAGUGGCCGGUGUUUGCUCUCCUGCCUCCUGAGGAACUACGUCUUAUCCGCCAGGCUUGUGUCUUUGGCAGUGCUGCAAAUGAAGCCCUCUAUGUCACUGUGAACGAUGAGGUCUUUGCUCUGGGUACCAACUGCAGUGGCUGUUUGGGCCUUGGAGACCUUCAAAGCACCAUUGAACCUCGGAGGAUUGAUAUCUUAUGUGGAAAGAAGAUUGUGUCCCUAAGCUAUGGAACUGGACCACAUGUGGUUAUUGCUACCGCAGAUGGUGAGGUGUUUGCUUGGGGGCACAAUGGCUACAGCCAGUUGGGCAAUGGGACCACAAAUCAUGGACUGACCCCAGCCCUGGUCUCCACCAACCUCCUUAGCAAGAGAGUGACAGAGGUGGCCUGUGGUUCCCACCAUACUAUUGCACUUACAACUGAUGGAGAGGUGUAUGCAUGGGGUUACAACAACUCGGGUCAAGUAGGUUCAGGAUCUACUGCCAAUCAGCCCACGCCACGCCGUGUUAGCAGCUGUCUUCAAAACAAAGUGGUAGUUAACAUAGCUUGUGGUCAACUGUGCUCCAUGGCUGUACUGGACAAUGGUGAGAUCUUUGGCUGGGGUUACAAUUGCAAUGGGCAGCUAGGUUUGGGCAACAAUGGGAAUCAGCAGACUCCAUGCCGGAUUGCUGCACUUCAGGGUGUCAACAUCGUUCAGGUUUCCUGUGGAUAUGCUCAUACACUGGCACUUACAGAUGAGGGAUUUGUUUAUGCCUGGGGGGCCAACUCAUACGGGCAGUUGGGAACAGGCAACAAGAGUAACCAAGCUCUUCCCACCUUAAUUAACACAGACAAGGAGAGGAUGGUGGAGGUGGCUGCGUGUCACACCAGCCACACAUCUGCAGCCAAGACCCAGAGUGGGCAGGUUCUGAUGUGGGGUCAGUGUCGAGGUCAAGCCGUAGCCUGCCCUCACCUUACCCAUUUCAGCAGCACAGAUGAUGUCUUUGCCUGUUUCGCGACCCCGGCAGUCACAUGGCACCUUCUUACAGUAGAUGGAGAUGACUACCUGACUGUGGCUCAGUCACUGAAAAAGGAGUUUGACAGCCCAGAGAUUUCUGACCUGAAGUUCUUGGUUGAUGGAAAAUGCAUCCAUGUUCACAAAGCCUUGCUCAAAAUCAGGUGUGAACAUUUCCGUGCACUGCUGAACGAAACGGAUGAAGAAUCUAUAGAAAUCCACCAGUUCUCAUAUCUCGUGUACAGAUCCUUUCUGGAAUACCUAUAUACAGACACCAUCAACCUGCCACCAGAGGACGCUAUUGGGUUGCUCGACCUCGCCACGUACUACCGAGAGAUGAGGUUGAAGAGGCUGUGCCAGGAGACAAUCAAGAGAGGCAUCUCUGAGGAGAACGCCGUUACUUUGCUCUCUGCUGCUGUCAAGUAUGAGGCACAGGACCUGGAGGAGUUCUGCUUCAAGUUUUGUGUCAACCACCUCACAUCUGUCACACAGACCCAGGCCUUUGCAGACAUGGACCAUGACCUGCUCAAGAACUUCAUAAGCAAAGCCAGUCGCUAUGGGGCCUUCAAAAAUUAACCGCAGCGUGCCUGAUGCGGGCAUGGGAAACAUAAAAAAAAAACUUUAAAAGGCCUUGAAAGGCAAUGAGACUCAACCUCGGACCAAAGUAAAGAUGAUAGAUAUUUCGAAGCCUCGUUGCCAGGGAUCUGAACACAAAAGACACAGAAGGUUUAAGGUUUCAUCUUACGGAGUUUUCACACCGAAUAUUGUGUGUGCUGCGCAUGUCACAGAUGCUGCUUGCUCGUUGUUAAAAGAGUAUGCAGAAGACCAAAGGUGUUCAAAAACCGAAACAAGUAAUAAUCAGUUUGCCCUUUUGGUUUACAAAAUCAGUCACUACACGGAAAGUAGUUUAUGGAAGGUAAGCAUCGUCCAUUUAGAUUUAGUGGCAACAGGCAUGGGCACAAGUCCAUGAAUACUGGGACGGCAUCCAGUGCUUUACCUGUGCCCCCGUCCAUAGGGUGAGUGGUUGUGUCAGGUAGGGCAUCCGAUGCAAAAAUCAGUAUGCAGAUUGACAAGACCAUACCAGAUCGGUCGAGGCCCGAGUUGGCAACGGUCGCCAUUGAUAUUAUGGCCUCACAUGAUACUGAGGGAAACUGUAAAAUCCUCUGUGGUGACCCCUGAGAAACGGAAUAAACCAAAAGAAGAAGCAAUAUCCAUUUAAUUUUCAACAAAAUAACUUGCUGAUUGUAGUUGCCUACCGGGGACCGGGCUUUGUGCCUCGGUCUCGCCAGAUCUGACUAUGGCCGGAGUCAAUGAAGCAAAUGCUGCUUCGGGAGGGGGGAGGAGUCGGCUUGUGUUUGUCACAUGAUAUACAUCGCUGUGUGUGCCGGGAAAACAGGCGUUGGGGCGAGGCAGUUCCUUCGACACUGCCGGUCGGAGAGAAGCAGUUGGCGAGCACAUACAGUAUGAGGGUGGGUGUUUGAUCUAGAAUAGGGAUCAACUGGCCACUAAAUUGGGAGAAAAUCAGAAAUUAAAAAAAAAACUUGAUUACACUGGAGAGACAAACAAAAUCAAUAUCUAUCAUUCUUUGCAAAUCUGCAUUUUUCAGAACAGCUGGUAUACCCACUUGAUUAGAAAUAUGCUUCAAGGUAAUUGGUUUUUGUCAUAAAGUCUGGGAAAUUCAGAGAUCACCAAAAUCAGGUCUUCCUCAGUUUUUCUCACGUAUUUCUUCUCAAUUAAUCUCUGAUUUAAUUUGAUGCACAGUAUCACAUCUUAACACUCAGCAGAUGUUUUCGGGCAAGCUGGGCAUUGCACAGUACCUGUGCUUUGCUCGGCAUUACACAAAUGUGUGUAAGCAUGGUGCACCCUGGAAACAAUAACGGAUUUCACAGCUUUGGGUUGUAGUUUGUGCGUUUGGUGCAAAAGCCCCCCUUUCUCCGAUGCUCGAAUAUUACCCUGCCUUGAGCCUAACCCAAACGCUGUGGUCUCUUAAAGCACAGGUAUGGGGUUACAUCACCAGACUCGAGCACAAAGACCAGACGGGCAGGAAAUGCAUACCGCAGUCCUCUCCUUCCUAUUCGUAGCCACCAUAACUGACAAAGCUCGAGUGUGUGUCCUAUAUAAUUGUUUCUCAGGAAGGUCUUGAUCAGGCGUGAGUAGUCACAAGAAUUUGGGACACGGGCUUGUCUCACGAUAAGAGACUGGAUGGCUAUCGGACACAGGAUGCCUAAAAAUGCUGUACAAUCAAAAUAACCACUUGUAAGUUAAGGGUUUGGCCCAAGGGACAAGCUGUCUAUCACACAGUCCUACAUAAGUAUAUGUCAUUAAAAGGGAUGUAAAUUAUAUGGUAGUCCAGAAUGACCAGGGACAGGGAGUAGUUAUGAUGGAAAUGUUAGUUAGGAACGUUGUGCUGCUUUUUAUCGACGCCUUUACUCUCAAACUUUGUAGAUUGAGAACGUAAUGUUGUAGUAAUCGAACAAUACACUACUCAUUUUCCUAAGGAACAUAAUACGUACUAAUGUUUGACUUUUUUUUUUUAAUUGAACAGUUCUAGUUUUAUCUAACCAGUGAAAUUUGUCCUUUUUGUUUUACAAAAGUCUAUUUCUUUGCCAUUUUGUUUUCUUGUGUACCUCAUGCUUUUGCCACACAAUGUUGAGGUUGCUGUGUGAAUUUUGUAUUCACUUGGGUUAAAACAUUUUUUUGAUAGGCUUUUGCUUUGUUUUUAAAGCGGUCUCUAGGAUGAUAGGACAAGCUGCAGUCAGUCCUAAAUCCCUCUUUAGGAGCGAUUUAGACCUGCAUUCCUGUUCAACCCUCCAUGUGCAGCUGGAAACUGUCUUUUCUGAUUUUACAUUUUAGAGAAAAUGCAGCGGAUUUUGCAAAUUUGUGUCCUUUCCAAUUCUGUAUGUUUACAUUUUUUUAAUGGAUUUAUUAGCAGCAGACUAAUUCUUGUAUCAAGUGUGUUUUGUUUUAGUGAGCUAGUAAUACUGCUUGCCCGGUGUUAUUGCCAAUUAGGUGCGUUGAAUAUUGUCCUUGUGUCAGACCACCAAAACUUUACCCUUGAUAAGAAAUAAUUUCACAUUAAAUAUAUAUAU